AUCAAUACUCUGAUCGCCAUGGCAACUAACUUCACCCAAGACCAACAAUGUGAAGGAAAGGAGUGUCAAUCAAUCACAGAUGUGACGUACUACGUGGAGGAGAAGAAGAGACUCUGUGAUGACUGCGCCUCUAAAGAAGAAUGCAUCGCAAGAGUUAAAAGAGGUGUACCAAAUAUUUAUUGUGAAGAACACGAUGAAAAGGUAAAAUUAUAUUGUAAAACUCAUGGUGUACCAUUGUGUUAUUCAUGCGCUAUGAUCAAACAUCAACAGCCUUGUGUGCAACAAGAUAUUAAUGAUGCAAUAAAAGAAAGUGGGGCGAGGCUAACAGUUCUAAAAGAAAGAGCGAGGGACAAAGUGAAAGAAGGUCGUCUUUAUGAAGACGAAAUUGACCAAUGCACGAAAGACACAGGCACACAUCUACAAGCUUUGAAAGAUAAAGUUAAUUCCAUAAUCAAGGAGGCGAUCAACGCAGAUAAAGUCAAGGAGAAGACGGAGGCUGACAAAAUCAACCAAGAAUUUGAUGAUCAGAAUCAAGUACUUCAAGAAGAGAUUAUGAAGAUCAAUGAGAAGAUUCGAAAGAACAAUGAAGAGAGAGAGAAACAACUUGAAUUAAUCCAUACAAAUGCACAGAUUAGUCAAGGACACACGGACAAUAAGAAGAUUUGUCUUCAUAGAGACAUUGAUAACAUUGUUAAAGAGAAGGAUAGGAAGAUCAGAGAGUUGAUGAAAUCACUGCAGGAUGACACAAAAACAAUAGAGAAUGCAAUACAAACCAUAGAUACAGUACUAGAAGACGAUAAAAACAUUGUUAAAGACGGUCAUAGUGUGAACAUAUCAGUGAGUGAUAAACUAAAGAAACCACUUUAUAAGAAUGAUGUGAAACAAAUCACUGAUAGAAUAUCAGGUGUGAAGUUUAUGAAGGGUGUUGGGAGAGAAGAGUAUGAUGGUAGGAUUGAUGGGUAUGAUGGCGAGUGGAUGCUUAGUGAUACAAUCAGUGUAGAAGAUAAAUUCACAAACCCACGGAUUGUGGGUUGCAUAGAUGAAUGUAAUGUGAUCAUCACCGACUUGGCGUCAGAUAGCCACACAUACAUGUUAGAUAUAAACAAUAAACACAUCCAGAGAGUGAUAGCGGGCACUGAUACAUCAUGGGUAAUCUCCUGUGCAUUACUGAAUGAUGACAAGAUAGUAUGUAGUAGACGCUGUAAAGGUUGUACAGGGGGCAGUUUGACUGGAUGCAUCAGUGUGUAUGACAGACAAUGGAUGCGCAUUAAUGACGUCACAAUACCAAUAAACACAACGCACGAUGAUACCUCAUGGGUGGAUGUAGCUGUUGACCGUGAUGGGAUGAUCAUCGCUGCUGAGUGGGGUCGGUCUAAGAUAUACGUCAUCAACCCAGCUGAUAGUAAGAUCGUGAAUAUCAUCACAUGUAAACAGGAUGUACGGAUGCGAGGUGUGCUAUCAUCAGGUCACAUCAUCGCUCAACCUAACCCUCUUGGUAAGAGAGUACUAAUCAUAGACAGACAGCGUGGUCAAAGGGAAAUCCCCCACAGUGAUGACAUCUAUAAUGUCUGUGUUGAUCCUAUAACAGACGAUCUCUACGUUGUGACAUCAGAUGAUGAGUGCAAGACGUGUGUGAUUGAUCAGGUGAUGAUUGGGAGUGAAGUGAAGAAGAGAAGAGUGACGUCAUUCCCUCUAUCAACUAGAAUGUCUGAUAAGAUUAUUAGGUUGAUUCACCUUUUUCACUCUCGUAUAAUGAUCUCAUCAUCAGGCAAGAUAAUUACUUGUGAUGGAGAUAGUAUUCUCGUCUUCGAAAAGCGACUCACAUUCUAAACGAUGGUAUGUCGGGAUCAUUCACUAUGAUGAAUAUGAGACACACUGACCAGAAUAAUACCAUCUUUGGAUAAUUGAAAUAUCUGUAGCAGUGAGGCCUAAUAAGACCUUAUAACUCUGACCCAUUUUAUACAUCACGGUUAACAAUAGGCAUUUCUUUAAAAAAAUAAUAAACCCCAAAUCUCCCAUAUCCAGGAACAUGUGUCAGGCAUGAGGAAAAAGGUUUCUAUAUCAUUGGUUGAAAAUAUUAUUGACGAGGUCAUAUUGCAUAAAAUAUGACGAGCCGUCAUCAUCAUCAUCAAACCUACACGCCACGAUGGAUUUCCUUUAGAAAGUAUUGCUUUGCAAAAUGUAUAAUACAUCUUGUAAUACUUAUUUUCACAACUUAUAUUACAACUAAUACUACAGUUGUGUUAUAUAAUACCUUUGUAUAUUUUGACAUUCUGAUACCGAUGUGAAUGCAGAAAUAAAAGGAAAUCAAAACAAAUAAAGUCAUAAUGGCAUAAUGCCAUAUUUUAUAUUUCCAUAUUUUCUGGUAUUUGAAAGAUAGAUAACCAAACAGACUUCCGAUUUGAAGGUGCAGACAUUGAUCAGAUUCUACUAAGUGCAGUGGCUGAACAAAUUCUGGGAAUAAUUUACAGGAAUCCAUAUAUUUAUCGUAAAAUUGAACAAAGAGAUACAUGUAUAAAAACAAAUAGAUUAGAAUCAUUAAUUCUCGAUUGUACUGGUAAUCCUCACGAAGCGAAUGAAAUAUGCAUUUUUUUUUCAUGGACAAUGUUUAAAACUUACAAGUUAAAACUUACUUCCAUUAAAAAUAUGCCAUGAGCCUGAAAGACUUUUAAUUUAAACAUUGGUGUCACAACUCUGUUUCAAUUAGGUUUCUAUCAGCGAACAAACUAAGGGCAAAACACUGACAAGAUUGAUUGGAAUACGAUUCAAUGUAGAUUUCUUAAUUUUGACCUUUUAUAGUGCAAACAUUUGUAGGGAGGCCGUCACACGAAAUAAUCCCUUUUUAGCCUAUAUUUACUGGCCGAGUGCAUUUUCCUGAAAUAUGUUUUCCGUGGACAUCAUUCUUUAUUAAAAACAAAGGAAGAAUUAUAUGCAAGGUUUAAUCAAUUCAACGGUGUAUAAUAUAUGAAGUAAAUAACGUUGUAAGAUUAAGGGAACUUGGCGUGCGAAGUCGACUGCUAAUUGCAAACACAGAUAUGGAACUUAAAUAUACGCUAUACACAUUUAAGGGGGACACAUACAUGUUUAUGUUAUGUUGCAUGGAUAACUGGCAUGGAGAGGGGGAUGUUACAUUUGUGGGUGUUACAUGGACCUAGUAUGAAGGUAAAGGGAAGAUGAUUGGACAGAAAGGAAUGAGGGAGAGAAAGGAAGAAAACAGAUAAGAUUGUUGGCCGGGGAUGAUAAGGAGAAUCUGUUUCAAUAAUAUACAUUAAUCCAUUAUACUCUUUAGCCAUGUUGAUGUGCAGUAAAGUCAAUGGAGUUUGUAAAAUCCGCUACUAAGAGGUUAAAAGCUUGUACAGUAUUAUUUAAAUAAGAUGUAUAUUCGAGAAGAAAAUUCUAUGUUCUGACAUAUUUAUAUACUAAGAAACCAGUGCACUGACACUUGAUAAAGUUAUGAGAAAAUCAUAUUAUUUACACGAAAUACUUGUAGCCAUUUUUAAAACACCCUUUAUGAAAGGCGUACCCACUAUGUACAGUAUAACUGAAAAUGGUGAAUUUUAAAAUAACAGUUUGCUUUUGAAUAUUUGUUUUCAAUCAGACCAUUACCAAUUAUGAUACAUUUCAGUGACUGUGUAUUAUAUAAUCAUGUAAAAAUAAUGUUUAUUGGCCCUAUUACAUAUAUAAUGUGAACAUUGCUUGAUAUAUAUUUUGUUCUGAAAUGUAAUACUGUAAAUAGUUCAGUUGUCUGAGAUGGUUAUGAAACUAUUAUUAUGUAAUAAGAUCUCGUUUUAUGAUUGAUGGUUUGUUUCAUAACUAUAUCAAACUGCAAAUUUCUUCAUUCUUUUAUGCACAAUAUAAAAAAUACAUUUUGGGAAUUAUGUGUAUUUCCUUUAUACAUGGGACUUGUUGUUGUUUGAACAUACGGCAUAUAUACCUUAUUCUUUAUAUUCAUGAUACCAUACUGCUCAAUAUGGUGACAAUAAUGAUGAUGAUGUUAUUUACGGAUAAAAGAUAACUGUACAAAGAUGUUGUUAUCGAUUGCAUUUCAUAAACUUCCGGGGUUCGAUCCUCGGCCGCGGCACCUAUGUCCGUGAGCAAUGCUCUUUUAUCCUGCUUUCAAAUAAAAUGAAAUGAUUUAGGCAUUAUUGGUAACUAGGUGUGCAUUUGUUAGAAAAAAUUGGGUGAACGGUAACGAACAAUAUGCGCGUAGAAUUUUGAAUUAAUUCAUUCUUAAUUAUGUUAAUAAUUUUGAAGCUAUCUUUUGUCGGUGAGAUUGUUAUUCUUCUCCAGUGGUUUUAGUUUGUACGUAUCCAAUGAUAUGAUAUUAUGAAAACCAUGUUACAUAACCUCAUACUCUUUCAAUUUCUCAGAAAUCAUAAUGCUUGUUUUUUUUUACAGUGAGUUUAAUUGGAAAUAGCUCAUUCAAUAAUAACGAAGCAAAUUAUUUAUCACGUUUUAAUACUUGGCAACUUUAAAACUCUUUCAUCGUCAGCAUAGUGCAGAGAUCACUUGGUAAAAAACUACGUCGAACCUUAUUGGUCAGUAAGCGUCGUGCAGAAAAGUACUGGAAAAAUGAUAAGAAUGCUAAUGGUUUUUAACCAAAAUUGAUUUCUAAAAUAUCAGUUUUAUGUGUUGGCCAUGAUUGAAAGUACUGAUUUUCUCUUCAGAAUAAUGAUUUUAGUUUUUAAAACACUGACAUUAAUGUUUUUGCUUAUGUUGGUACCUCUGGUUGUGCUCUAAACAAAUUCAGAUAUAUCACUUAUUCAAAAUUUAUUGUCAUGAUAAAAAUAAAAAGAAAUUACAUUGGCAUAAAAGUCAUAUGUUUGACAUAUACAAUAUCCCCAAGUGAUAAGAUAUUCAGCAACUGUAUCUGCAAUAGGUUGGAAUUAAUUUUGUUACGUUAUAAUAUAUUUGAUGAAAUGGGCAAAUAAACGACAGUAAUGCUGCCCAUAAAAUCACCAUACCGUAUCUUCUUACCAACUAUGUCAAAAAAUUAUCAAUAUAAUUUUGGUUAAAAUAUAUCAAAUGAUUAUAAAAUGUGUUAAUGGUAUGUCUAACGUUUUAUGUAAAACCCUUAAUGUAUAAUUUUUUAUGAUAAGCGCAUGAUGUAAAUAAUUACUAUUCCUUAAUGCGAUAUAGUAUCUAAUAAAAGGAAGUACAGUGGUGUUAAAAACUUAGUGAACCCAUCAGAAAAUGAACACAUAUUUGAAAGUUUUCAAAUUCUGCCAUCUUUUAGAUAUUUUAUUGUGCAGUUAGGUGACAAAAUAUAACAUUCAACAUGACGAUAGGCGAUCAUGUACGUGUGCAUGCAGUGGAUCCUAUGCGUGCAUCCGGUGCGUUGGUGUACAAACAAAUGGUACCAAACAACACAGAGGCAGUGCGCGCACACACUGGACACAUUUUCAAUAAGCUAGGAAGCGAGUUACACUAUAGCAAGAGUUUACAGUUUAAGACCGUAACAGUGCAUUUUUUUGAUGAAGUUCACCAUCUUUUAAGCACCACUGUUAUGAAUCGUAAAUUAGAAAAUUCAUUUCAGUUUAUUGAACAUAUUUAUGAGGAAGGUUUUUGAGUAGCUGGCCAUUUAAGCCACAAACUAUUAAAAAUUGCAUUUCCGCCAAACAUUUAAUGAUAUAUUUCUCAUUUAUUUCUAGCCUUUCGGAGAACCUACAUGGCGUCAAAAGAAUUUUAACUUUAAUAACUUCUUUUAUUUUCUAUCUCACUUUGAUUCGUUUGCGUGUAAUCCUUUGUGAAUGGUUGGCUUUAAAAUCACAGUCUUUUGCCUUUUUUGUCAAUGUGUAUUUUUAGCAAGCUGAUUUCGAACAAUAAUUGGUAGCAAUUGUCGACACACUUUGAGCACGAGAAUUGUAAUUGGAAACCCAAUUUGGUCACCAUUUCACAAAAAAAUAUGCGAUCAAUCGUAAGUGGCAAUGGCAAAUAAGGAUCAUGGUUGAAUGUACAUAAUUGUUUAGAAUAAUUAGAAUGAACUGAUCCAAAUCAAUAUUUACAAUGAACAAUUGAUCGUAAAUUUGUGUGUUACCGGUCCACUGAACGUAGAUGUUGUACAUUGGACUCUGUUGUUUAAUCAUUUCUUUAUGGCUGUGCUUUAUACACAUUAAAUCUCGUUUGCUUUAUUCCAUGAUAUCUGAAAACUUGAGAACGUUUGUGAAAAAUAAAACUGCACUGAUCGGCUUAAC